UUUCUUGACUCCUUGGAGUUUGUAAUUUGUUCCUACACCCCGCAGUGCUGGUUUUUACGGAGAUACUUAAAGGUACGACAUUGGUCCUUCCCAAAAUGUAUGGACUGGUUUCCCUCCACUGACUCGUUGGCUCUUUCGCUACGCCUCCAGGAGAGGAUGCAGAUGUCAAAGUACAAGAGCCAUAAACUGACUAGGUGUCUGUCCCGUGAGAGGGUUUAACCUUUCAGGACUCUCGUAGUGGCAGGACCGACUCAUUUCUCCCGAUGAUGAUUGCAUAUCUUCUCUAUACGGUGUUCGCGGGCCUGGCGGCUUUGCCAUUCCUGCUUUACGCGAGAAACCCUUAUUUAUUGAAAGAUUUGAGUUAUGUCGCGACUGCGUUAAAAAUUGCUGGCCACAUGAACAAAUUCACGAGGCGGAAGCCGUUUUACAGCAUUCUGGACUGUUUCCUGGACAAGGUGGCGAGGCAGCCGCAUAAAAGCUUCAUCGUGUUCGAGGAGGGCUCCUACACCUACAGCCAAGCCGACAGGGAGAGCAGCCGGGUGGCCAGGGCCCUGUCGACGUCUGCUCCUCUGGACCAGGGGGACACGGUGGCCCUCCUCCUGGGCAACGAGCCCCAGUUCGUGUGGCUCUGGCUGGCGCUGGCCAAGCUGGGGUGCACGGCCGCUCUGCUGAACUACAACAUCAGGUCCAAAUCUCUGCUGCACUGUUUCUCCUGCUGCGACGCCAGGGUCCUGGUCGCUGGCGCCGAGUUCCGGGGUGCUGUAGAGGAGGUGUUGCCCACCUUGCACGAGCAGGGCGUCCGUGUGUUUGUCCUCGGCGAGGACUGCGAUGUGGAGGGCAUCGAAAGCCUCUCUGAUAAAAUUCAGCGGGCCUCAGACCAGCCUCUGUCGCCUCAGCUGAGGGCCAACAUUAACAUCAAGAGUCCUGCGGUGUACAUCUAUACCUCAGGGACCACAGGGCUUCCCAAGGCAGCUGUAAUUAACCAGGAGAGGCUAUGGAGGGCAUCCUUUCUUCAGUCUAUUGCUGGCGUACGCUCAGACGAUAUCAUCUACAUAUACCUGCCUCUCUACCACAGUGCAGGCUUUCUGAUGGGACUUUGCGGAGCCAUAGAAAAAGGUAUCACUGUUGUUUUAAGACGUAAAUUCUCUGCCUCUCACUUCUGGAAUGACUGUAGAAAGUACAAUGUGACCAUUAUUCAGUACAUAGGAGAAAUUAUGCGCUACCUCUGCAACACACCAAAGCGAGACAAUGACAGAGACCAUAAAGUCCGCUUGGCUUUGGGGAACGGGAUAAGGCUCGACACCUGGGCAGACUUCCUGCAGCGAUUUGGGGACAUUCGUGUUGUUGAAUGCUACGGAGCGACAGAAGGAAAUAUUGGCUUUGUCAAUUACAUUGGGAAAAUUGGAGCUAUUGGCAAAGAAAAUUUUCUUCACAAAAUGGCAUGUCCGUAUGCCCUGAUAAGGUACGACACAGAGAAAGAGGAGCCAGUCAAAGACUCAAGAGGAUUUUGUAUUGAAGUCCCCAGAGGAGAGACCGGCUUGUUGGUGGCAAAGAUCGGAGAAGGAGCACCUUUCAGCGGCUAUGCCAAGAACAGGCAGCAGACAGAGAAGAAGAAGCUGAGAGAUGUAUUUGUGAAGGGAGACCUCUACUAUAACAGUGGCGACCUUCUAAAGAUCGACAGUGAAGGAUUUAUCUUCUUUCAAGACCGCAUUGGAGACACUUUCAGGUGGAAAGGAGAAAAUGUGGCAACCACUGAGGUGGCCGGUCAUCUGCUCAUGGUGGACUGCGUUGAGGAGGCUAAUGUCUAUGGUGUGAAGGUGCCAGGACAUGAGGGUAGAAUUGGAAUGGCAGCACUAAAGCUGAAGGAAAACAUGGACUUUGACAGCAAAGCUACAUAUCAGCAUGUCAAAAACUACCUCCCCAGCUACGCAAGACCACGCUUCAUUCGCAUACAGAAUGCACUUGCAGUGACUGGGACGUUUAAGCAAAUCAAGAUGAAGCUGGCAGAGGAGGGCUUUAACCCUGCUGUCAUCAGGGACUGUCUGUUCUACCUGGAUGACAAUAAAGGCUACGUACCCAUGACUCAGGAGAUAUUCGACUCCAUUGCAGAGGGAAGAAUCAGGCUCUGAAUGAGUUCAGUGUUCAUUAUUAGAUUGUCAACCUCGAAUAGUACAUUUGAUUUCUAGGUUUCAGCUGAUACAGGAUACCAAAUAAUGCUUUAAAGGCCUGUACAUUGAGCAUUUAUGUGCAGCGCAUUUCAUGAUCUACUUUAUCAUCUGAUAAGAAUAUUGCCUACUGAAAUAUUGCAAGGGAUAUAAAGUUGCUUGAAAUACUUUCUAUUAAAAAGAUUUUAAAAACAUGGUUGUAAAUGAGCAAAGCAAUUCCAAAUCACUUACAUACCUUAAUUAGAUAGUGAUCUUCAAUUUGCCAAGAGGUGACUGUGGUGGCUCAGCACCCACACAGCCAAUGCAGCAGUAAAUUGCUUAAUUAUCCGUAGCUGAAUUAUUGUUUGUUUGUGUGUGCGUGUGUGUGUGUGCGUGAGUGCGUGCGUGCGUGCGCUACUGCACACUGCUUUCAGGAUCAUUGCAGGAGCUUAGGUGCAGUGGCCGUUUCCAGUUGAGUAGGGGAGGGAGCCGCGUUGGCUAUAGGAGAAGAAGACAUACAGUUCAUUCUUCUGCAGGUGGAGGACAAGUGUUUUUGAGGUGCCUGUGAAACCUUCAGGGGGCAGCACAGCUGGUGCCGCCCACACUGCAACCACUGGUUGCAGAAACUCGGCACACUGUUGAACUUUGUCAGCUUCUUCAGGACCUGUUUACCCAGAAGACCUGAAGGCAUCUCUGUAAUCUUACACGUAGCACUGGAUCCUGUUGUUGAUGGUGUGGGGAGGGCACCUGAAGCAGCUUUAACACUAGGCCUUGUGUCAAAGUCGUAGCCAGACAGCGGCCCGAUGUAAGUGUAAGGCAGAGGCUCACUGUUGCAGCUAAGAGAGCGCAUUGGUCUCCUAGAUCGAUUCCAAGCCUUGUCAAUCCACAGCUCCACUUGCUCUUUGUCCAGCCUGGAUGCAGCAUCCUUUUUCUCAUCAGACCUGGCGUCGGAGUCUGGGUCCUGGUUUUCUUCUGCUCCUAUCACCUCAUCUUCCCCUGACUUGUGUUGAUCUGCAGCAUUCAGACCCUGCGUCUCCGCCAGAAGAGUGGAAGCCAUUUUGCAGAUGAUGCCCCAGUCCUUAAGGAUGUCAUCUGCAGUAGUGAACUGUGAGGUCACUGUGAAUCGGAUGAUGCGUUUGGUGUGAAUGUCCGCAGGGAUGAGGUACAUGGUGCCGGACCGGGUCAGUCUCCUCAACAGCUCCUGGGUCAAAGCAUUUCCUCCCUAGAUUAAGAAAGUGACAUAAAAUAUUCAUAAACAUUGUGAGGCCAAAAAACUCAAAGCUUCCAAACAAAACUAAAACAUUUUCGGUUUUCAAGGUUUCAGGUCUUUUUAGUGAUCACUCACAUAUUGUUGUGCCCUUUGCCUGCGCUUGAUAAAACUCCUUAACCUUAUUCAAGUAACUCACCUUUGAACGAGGUGUGACUGGAAAGCUUGUUCACAGCAAUACUGAUUAGCCAGUGAAAGACAUGUUGCUUAACAAAGAUGCAAGCCUAGUUUAACACAAACAUUUUUCUUCAUAGUUUACUGCUGUGCUACAUACUUUCAGACAGAAGACAACCAGGCCAAGGUGCCUCAAAGCAGGAACCUCAAAAUUUGGGUCACUCCUUAUGUGAGACUCUAAGAGCUUUGCCAUCUCAAUCCCCUGAAAACAACAGAAAAUAAUACACAUUAAAAUUCUGAAACUUUAAAAUAAAUAAAAUCCUGUGGGUUGCCACAUUUAAAGAAUUCCCUACUGUAAGUAAACUUUGUGCUAAUUCCCUAAUUUGAUCAUACUGGACUUUUUUUUUCCCUAAAAUAAUUUGCAUGAAGAGAACUGAAUUCCACUUACGUGUCUGAUAUGAGCCUGGAGGUUUUUCAGUCCAAAGCAGCGCAUGACAAACCAGAGUUUGAGAGAACGGAAACGUCGGCUGAGGGGAAUUUGCCAAUGCUGGACAACAGAAAAUGCACCGUUAUUACUGUUACUGGAUUAAAUUAUUCACUAUAAUAGUUAAAUAUAUAAUUUGGUGAAGAUGUGAUAUUAUCAUACCAUAAAAUCAGUGGCUGCCUGUGAGUUGUCAUGUCUGAGAUAAACGGGAUCAACACUGAAGGUCUGUUGGAGCUUAUAUUUAUCCCUAACCCUGAGAAAACAAAGUUAAACCAUAUUACCAAACAACAAGUCUCCUUCAUAUUAACUUUGGAUUUAUUGGUUUUUAAUUUCAGACCUAUAUUCGUAGAUAAUAUUUAUUUCUAUAGAGGGGGGAAAAGGCUUCGGUGUUCUUACUCACCAGAAAGCUGUGCAGUCAAAAUGGACCAUCAUCCACUUGGAAGGGUUAAAGACAAAAGAGUGAGCAAAUUCAAUGCCCUCCAGUGACCAGCGGAGCUCAGGACAGAAAUAGGCUGAGCCAGCAUACGCAGCAUCAACAUGUAGCCACAGUCCCUCUUCUGUACCUGUGUGUAAAAAAAAAAAAAAACCUUACUUAAAAGUACUGUACUUAUAAUGCAUGUCAGUGGAAUCACACAAUGUUUGACUUUACAGACGGUGUAAAGGCAGACAUCACUGAAUGUAAGUGUGAAGACAUACACACUGGUCCCAGUUCAGAUAACUUGUCAAAGGCACACACUCCUGUAGUUCCCAAAGUUGCA